UCAGAGUAACUUUAUAGGGACAUUGAAGUGGUUCUGGCCGAGCAACGGCUCUUCAUCCAUCGAUUUUCCUCCGUUCAGUAGCAGAGCAUUCCUUGUCUUUUGCGUCACGAAUAGCGAUUAAACUCAUCAAGGUAGCAUAACCUUCCCCUCUAGCCACCACAUAUAAGCUGUUUGUAAAUUUCAGAUCAGGCAACGUAAAUAAACAAGAGAGCCGCAACCUCACGGAACAACGAAUGAAAGAUAAACGUUUACAAUUGUUUACUUUCCUUAGACAACUUUUGGACGCUUUUGGCGAAUUUGUUUUGUUUUUCAUCAAUAGCAGUUAUUGUUAAAGCUACUUGACCUUGCAAUAGGAGGACAUUUCUACUGGAUUAAUUAUAUUUAAAAUCAUCUGUCGGAUUGAUUUUACACCUAAUUAUCCACAACAUGAAUUAUUAUGCUCAACUGAUCCCGGACGCAGCCUUGUUAUACUAUGCUAAAUGUAAUGCAGCAGCGAUAUACUAUUUCACAGUAUAAACCUCUUACGGAAAACUUGGGAGCAGCGAGCUGUGGAUGAUACAACACAUUUUCUUUUGGAUAUUAAGAGAUCAAGGAAAUCCCAAGUGGAGUCAACCGAUAGUAUUGAUCUUUCAAAGACCCACCAGCGGGACUACCAUGACUAUACAGAAUUUUUGAAAUAAAGUAAAAUUUCAUCGCCGUCUUCACUUGAUCUAAAGGUGGAAGAUUCUUAUCAUUUCCCUUGACAACACAGAAUCAAAGGAACAGUUUUCAAAUCGAUAUCUACUUUAGAUGUAAAACUGUCAAGUCUUUGGUGAACCACACAUGGACAGUGUACGUGCACAGACUUACAAUUUGCGCUUUAAGUAUUAAAGUAUUUCGAACUUCAGGCAGGUGAAGGGUUUUUACUCGAUGAAAUCUUGCUUCAAGCCAUUUGAAAGAAGCACCUGCAUGGAUAAUAAAUAUAUCUCUUUUCAUCUGAUUAGAAGGAGGAAUACUAUCUCAUAAUGAUCUGUAGAUGUGAUUGACUACUGCAGCUGGAGUAAGACUCUUGCAUCAGAUUGUCGUUUGUCUCUAGAAACUUAGUUUGUUCUUUAAUACUUAUUUCGAAAGUAACCCUUUUUCGAUUUAACAAUGGCGGGAACUCCUUGGCUAUACAAUUCGCUGCCUAACAUUUCAAGCAACAAUUCAUUUUUAAGCAAUUCAUCUUUGGAGGUGGAUGAUGAUGUCAUGUUCAAUUCGUUUCUCGUCUCCGGAUUCCUGUGUAUCUUCGUUGUUGGUGUCUUUGGAAAUAGCAUUGUUAUUUUGCUGACAUUCCGACCAACUUGCAGUGUAAGUGUUAACACUAUCAACACAUACAUCGUCAAUGUUGCCUUUUCGGAUUUGUUAUAUAUCUUUGGCUGUCUGUUUUACACUCUAACGAAUUACAAUCAGAAAGGUUGGAUGUUUGGAGAUAUCGGUUGCAGGCUAAUUUUGGGUCAGGAUAUUUUAACCAUGCACGUGAGUACAUUUAUCCUAACUAUCAUGAGUGUGGAGCGAUAUGUUGCAGUCGUGCACCCGAUGAUCUCCUUGCGCUACCGAAGCGUUGGCUUUGCUCGUCGGAUCAGUGCCGCGGUGUGGUUUACAGGUGUGGUGAUUACUUUGCCCAUGGUGAUAUACAUGACCGAGGUGCACAUCGGUGACAGGGAUAAGUACUCAUGUACUUGGACGCUGGAAGCUGACCGGUCUCUCCCCAACUACAUGCUCGCUAUCUUUCUCAUCACAUUCCUCAUUCCCUCUAUCAUCACUGCCUCCGUUUACAUCCUUCUCCUGUUCCAUUUUCUAAACCUGGUCAGUCCCGCCCAUUCUGCCAAUCGCCGAAUCAAACGCUCCAAGCGCAAGGUGGCCCAGAUUAUCUUCGUCAUCGUAUUCAUCUUCUGGGUUUGCUACAUUCCCUUCUGGACCUACCAGCUGAUAAUCUUAAGAGACGUGAACUUUGAUUCUAAUAACAUCAUGGGACUUGUGACUUUGGUCCUGUCCUAUCUAAACUCCUGUGUCAACCCUUUCCUAUACACUCUCCUACCCCGACGUUACAACAUGUGGAAGAGAAUAUGUAGCAGUCGCAGCCGACGGACAUACACUCCAGUGCAUGUCCAGCUAGGAGUCGUCAAGAGAUUAGGCCAUGCCCAUAACGGACACGCAGUCCUAUGAACGUUACGUCGGGUGCAGUUACCUGCACCCGAAACAAGUUCAUCUAGCACCUCAUGAACUCUUCUCAGAUAUACCUUUUGAUCGGCCUAUACAUACAUGUGCCUUUCUCCACUUCCUGGGAACAGAAGAUAUAUUUUUGAUUUUUCAUCGUUCCCUCUGACCCCAUUAAAUUUGAUACUUACUAGGAUAUUAUAUUAAAAGAUAUAAAGCUCUAGGUCCCCACCAAAAAUGCCACAAGUCAAGAUAAUCACAAUGACGGGUCAAACCUUCAAUUUGGCGAUAUACAGAUUACAAUUGAUAGAUGCUAGAAAUAUAUCUUAAAUGCAAUAUCAUACUUUUACGGGAAACUGUAUAAUUUCAUUCCUUGAGGUCUUUGUGAAGAUGUGUUGUGAGGUGUGUAGUUUGUGUAUAUGUAGAAAUGAUAUAUUAGAUCGAAUUAACAUUUUAUAAAUGACUAAGCAUGUUACCAAUUAUUUUGUAUCGUUUCUUUUUACUCCGAUCAUCAGUUCUGAAUAAAACAAAUAGGGUGUAUUCUGAUAGCCAUUGUUUAGUUAAAACUGUGCUAACUUAGACCACACUUAUAUGGAGUGACAGUUGUCAACUCAUUCACCAAUUGAAAAUGAUUUUUAUUUUGAGUGAAAAAAAGCGUAAGAAUUGGAAAACACAAAAAUAUUGGGAAUUUAAUGAAUAAAUGGAUACAUUAUUCAUGUUAUAUUGAAGAAAUAUUAUGAAGACCAUGACGUGGGGUUUAUAAUUAUAGUUUAUACCGGAUUAAAACCUAUGUUUAAUCAUCAGAAUACCACCCAUCAACUAUAACUUACAAAGAAAAGGGUAUAAACAUAGGGAUGUGUAUUUAUAAAAGUAAAUUGUAUUAUGAAUUACAUUGUUCUUUACUAUAUUUUCAUGAUGCUUUCAUAAUGUAUCUAUUAUAACACUUUCUAUUACGUGUUUUAACGCAAGGGAGUAUGCUUAUUUGCACAUUUUGGACUUUAUCUUGAUUUCGAGUAUAACUGUUACUGUUUUUACUAUUGUCAACAGCGCACAACUGCAAAUUUAACUUUUGUCACAAACAAAAAAUAAUAACUUCAACACUUUCUAAUGGAUGUAAAUCAACUAACGUAGUUCGAAUAAAGAUUGCAGUAUUCCACUAUAACCGGCUUCUUUUAUCUUUCCAACAUCUGAAGAAUAAAUAAAUCCGGUUACAUCGGAAUACCGCCGUCUUCAUUGACCUUUUCCUUCCAUUAAUAUUUUAGUUCUUUAAUAUACUGUAUACAGUUUGCUCUUUAAGACAAUCGUUCACGAUAUGCACAAGCUGGAAAAGGAUACGAUAAUAUAAUGGAUGUCCUUGUGACGCCCCCUCUCCUCCCCCCAAAAAAAAUCCAGAGGAGUGCUUUUGAAAAUCCGUUCUUAAGUUACUCAUGAAUGAUUGCCAUUUCUUUUUUUAAAUGACAUCCCCACAUUUUCUUGUGUUUAACAUAACAGAAAUUCAUUACCUUUCAAUAAUCCGAAUAUUCUUUUUGACAAAAAAUGUUACAUUUUCUAAUCAGAAAACUGUCGUUACCGUUUCCAAUUUUAGAUUUAAUAUCAAAAUUAGCUGAUAGGAAUAAUACUGAAGUGAGAAUCUGCUUUAGCACGCAAGAAGGGCCAGCAGCCGUUCAGAAAGUCGUGUGUAUCUUAUGAGCGUGUUUAUCAAAUACCAUCCAAUAUAGUCUUUCGUAUAUACUGCACCCACUUCUCUGCUUAUAAUCAACAAACGAAUAGUUAAGGAAUUCUCCUGACUUCUAUACUCAUCAGUUAUGUUCGUUGCUCUGUUUGCUUUGUAUUGUGCUCUCUUGAUGAAUUAUCGAAUAGCUGAGAUCAGGCUUUACUUGUCAUUAUGUUUGCCAUUGCCUGUAUUAAUGUGUAUUCUAUUACAUUUCGUGUUACUUUUAAACUCUUUUAAAAAUAUUUUAUAUGUGAUCGUGCAUGCAUUUUCAAAUUUGAUUUCUUGUAAUUCUUCCUUUUGUUACUAUAUGCUAUUUGAAUGGGUGCUGGUCAGUAUUAUUGUUUGAUUGAUGUAAUGAAGUCCGUUACCAUACAUGCAAGAAGAGUUGUUAUUACUGCUUUAAAAUGCACAGGUCACAUACCAACACAAUUUUUAUUAAACAUGUAUUUAUUUUGCUAUACAUGCUCAUUGUAAAAUGAGGGGGAAAAUGAAAUAAAAAUGAA